CUCCUUCUUCCCCUCCCCAAGUCCAGGCGAACGCUGGUGUAGACUGGAGGCUCCCGGCCGGCGGACUAACUGGAUCUCCGACGCUGCAGCCAUUUAGGCCGGUGCCCUUUCCCGCUCUGGAAAGGAAGAGAAAUGGAAGUGAAAAAGUUGAGCAUUUCCUGGCCAUUCUUGAUAGUUCUGGUUUUGAUCCUGCAAAUUCUGUCUGCGUUGGAUUUUGACCCAUACAGAGUCCUAGGGGUCAGUCGGACAGCCAGUCAGGCCGAUGUUAAAAAGGCUUAUAAGAAGCUCGCCCGGGAAUGGCAUCCUGACAAAAACAAAGAUCCCGGAGCAGAAGACAAGUUCAUUCAAAUUAGCAAGGCUUACGAGAUUCUUUCCAAUGAAGAAAAAAGGUCAAAUUACGAUCACUACGGAGAUGCCGGAGAGAGCCAGGGCUACCAGAAGCACCAGCAGCGAGAGUAUCGCUUCCGCCAUUUCCAUGAAAAUUUUUAUUUUGAUGAGUCUUUUUUUCACUUCCCCUUUAAUUCUGAGCGGCGGGACUCUAUCGAUGAGAAAUACUUGUUGCACUUUUCACAUUAUGUGAACGAAGUGGUUCCAGACAGCUUCAGGAAACCAUACCUCAUCAAGAUCACCUCGGAUUGGUGCUUUAGCUGUAUCCACAUCGAGCCUGUUUGGAAAGAAGUAGUUCAGGAACUGGAAGGAUUGGGCGUGGGGAUUGGCGUGGUGCAUGCUGGGUACGAGAGGCGCCUGGCCCACCACCUUGGAGCACACAGCACACCCUCCAUCCUCGGAAUCAUCAACGGGAAAGUCUCCUUCUUCCACAAUGCGGUUGUCCGAGAGAACCUGCGACACUUCGUGGAGAGUCUUCUUCCGGGGAACUUGGUGGAGAAAGUUACAAAUAAAAAUUACGUCCGGUUUCUCUCUGGCUGGCAGCAGGACAAUAAACCGCACGUCCUUCUGUUUGACCAAACGCCCAUCGAGCCACUGCUGUACAAGUUGACUGCUUUUGCGUACAAAGACUACCUGUCGUUUGGAUACGUGUCUUUCGGUUUGAGAGGGACAGAAGAAAUGACAAGACAGUACAACGUCAACGUCUACACUCCCACCAUCUUGGUCUUUAAAGAAAACAUCAACAAGCCCGCGGAUGCCAUCCAGAUCCGAGCUUUGAAGAAACAGGUCGUUGAUGACUUCGUCGCCCAAAACAAGUAUCUGUUAGCAGCCCGGCUCACCAGCCAGAAGCUGUUCCACGAACUCUGCCCCGUGAAACGGUCCCACCGCCAGAGGAAGUACUGCGUGGUGCUGCUGACUGCUGAGACCACCAAACUGAGCAAACCCUUUGAGGCCUUCCUAUCCUUUGCACUGGCAAACACACAAGACACAGUGCGGUUCGUGCACGUCUACAGCAACCGGCAGCCGGAGUUUGCCGACACCCUCCUGCCAGAUAGCGAGACGUUCCGAGGAAAGUCAGCGGUGUCCAUCUUAGAAAGGCGCAACACGGCAGGCAGGGUGGUGUAUAAAACCCUGGAGGACCCCUGGACGGGGAGCGAGAAUGACAAAUUCGUCCUCCUGGGAUAUCUCGACCAGCUGCGGAGGGACCCGGCUCUUCUGUCCUCGGAAGCUGUGCUCCCCGACCUGACUGACGAACUUGCCCCUAUUUUUCUCCUUCGGUGGCUUUACUCGGCUUCGGACUACAUCUCCGACUGCUGGGAUAGCAUCUUUCACAGCAACUGGCGGGAAAUGAUGCCCCUCCUGUCCCUGGUCUUCUCUGCCCUCUUCAUCCUCUUCGGCACCGUCAUCAUCCAGGCUUUCAGUGACUCAAACGAUGAGCGAGAGUCAAACCCUCCGGGAAAAGAGGAAGCCCAGGAGAAGGCCGGGAAGGCAGAGCCCAGCUUCGCCAGAGAAAACAGCAGCAAGAUCCCUAAAAAAGGCUUUGUGGAGGUAACUGAGCUCACAGAUGUCACGUACACCAGUAACCUGGUGCGCCUGAGGCCCGGCCACAUGAACGUGGUGCUCAUCCUGUCCAGUGCCACCAAGACCAGCCUGCUGCAGAAGUUCGCAGUGGAGGUCUACACAUUCACCGGGAGCAGCUGCCUGCACUUCUCCUUCCUGAGUCUGGAGAAGCACAGAGAGUGGCUCGAAUACCUGUUAGAAUUCGCUCAGGAUGCAGCCCCCAUUCCUAACCAGUACGACAAGCACUUCAUGGAGCGCGACUACACUGGCUACGUGCUGGCCCUGAACGGCCACAAGAAGUACUUCUGCCUCUUCAAGCCCCAAAAAACAAUCGAAGAGGAGGAAGCCAUGGGAGCGUGUGGUGACCUUGACUCUUCCCUCCAUCUGGGGGAACCCCGAGGGAAAGCUUCCAGUGGCCUUGGGUCCAGGCCCAUCAAAGGAAAGUUGAGCAAGCUGUCCUUGUGGAUGGAACGCCUGUUGGAAGGCUCCUUGCAGAGGUUUUAUAUCCCAUCUUGGCCUGAACUAGACUGAGAGGAUUUCCAAGAGACUUGAACUCUUCUGACUUUUUACAGGCCCCUGUGAACGGGUAUUUUCAGGACUCAAACCAUCACAACAGACAGAGCGUAGAUUUUAGAAUAUUCUUCUAGAACAGAGGAUAGAAGAAUCUAUCCUUUGUCCUAUUCUAACCUAGGAGUGAAAAUACCACAAGUCAAAUUCCCUAGAUCAAAAUAUUUUCCUUUGGGUUUUUUUUCCUCAUCUGAAUGCCGCACUAUUUAAAACAGACCGCUCAUUCCCUCUUCCUUCCUGGUCCCCGUCAGGCCCGCCCAGCGCCCUCCCCCUCCGUGUCUCCGGGGUGUAGGAGAAGCACAGAGGUUCGCCCUGGGCGGUGCGUGCAGGUUGCAGGCCGGGUCAUUUGCCCUCCUGUCUCGCCCCUCCUGGCCCCACUGUGCUUCCGCCACAGCGCAUGCUGGAACAGUGGGACAACCCGCAGCAGCUUCAAGGCCCCGCGUCUUGAAAGAGGCCCAGAUCCCAGCAGUCUUACCUUUAACGGGUUUUUCCGGUAGUAAGUGGCUAAUGUAUAUUUUGGGGGUAUCCCCCUAUAGCAGCUUGUCAGCCAUGGUUUUCAAAAUAUAGGGCUGAGUGGGGUUCUGCAUGUGAGUUGCUUUUCUUCCCAAGGCAAGAGAAGGGAGGGCUGGGCAGUGACUGAAGUGACCCCUUUGUGAGCCUCCCAUCUGCCGCCUCCCCACACUAAACGUAGCCAACAGGGGCCCGCACGGCAAGAAGUACUGUAAUGACUUGAGCCAUUAACGUGUAUGAUUUCAGAUGCCUUUCUGCCUCCGUCAGUUGUAGGGCAUGGAUAUUAGGAGCCAUAACUUUAACCUUGUUCUCUGACCGUAGAGGUAAGCUGCUAUAAGCCAGCAGAUGUUAAACUGAAGACACAUUAUCGGCACACCCGCCGUGAGUGGCGUCUCUUCAGUAAAAACCAGACACGUCUUCACGUUAAAGAACCUGACUUUUCUGCAGUGUGUGUUGGGCACUGUCUCCCCAGAAUGCUGUGUCUUCGAGUCGUCUUCUGUGACAGGUGGACCCAGAGUGUCCCAGACUCCUGUUUUGCAGAAGGCUUGUUUACUUGGAGCUUCUGGCCUAUUUCUGAUGUCUCGUGUUCAUCAUUUCACUGCUAGCUCAGAACUGCUUCCCCGGUACCCAGGUGAGACCUGGCGUCAGCUGGCUGAGCUGCAAGGUCGCACCGGCUCCAAGCUGGGUCGUUCCCGCUGGUCAGAGAGCUUACCUUGUCUUUGGAGGAUGCCCGUGGCGUUUGGGCCUCCUCCAAGAGUGAGCUGUUCAAGUGUCAGAGCAAACUGCCCUUGAAAGGCAGUUGGUAAAGUGAAGGGCCAGAAUCACUGAUGGGACAAACCCAAGUUUGAUUUUCUUUAAUCAUAACUGCUCUAAAUGAAGCCAUUUGAAUCCUGAAUAGCUUAAUUAUUGAGCUACAGUGACCAGUAGCAAAUUAUUUGAGCCCAGGAAUUUCUGUCGCUUUCAUGGAAUCUAUAGCUUUAUGAAAAAUAAUUAAUCACUGCCAGGCUUCAUUUUUCCACACGAUCCUCUGAAACAGAUGCUUACUCUGGCUGCCCUGUCUCAUGGCGCCCCACCCAGGGAGAAAUGACCGUGGAAUUCAUCUGGCUCCUCGAUGCACCUGUCCUCAAAUUAUUUUCUGGGUCUUGUGUCCACAUUGCUUAAAUGAGUAUGCUUUGGUUUGAUGGUAGGUUUUUGUUUUUAAUGUCUGGUACUAAUGGGACUCCUGACCGUAAUCCAUAAUUUGUGAAAACCAAAACCUCUCCAGAUUUAUUCAUUUUUUAAAAAGUUGUUAUUAAAGUAGAAAUCACCUUCAGACAGCUCUACCUUCCAUUUGUACUAAGAAAGGAAAAUGAUAAUAGAUUGAAAACAUUCCUGGCAAAUAACUUCAGUCCAAAAAUAAUUCUAUAGGUCUCUUUGGGAGCAAAAGUGUCUGCCCAGAGGCCUGGGGAGCUCUCGUUUUAAAAUGAACUUUACCCUUGACCCCCAAGCCUUUUCUCCUGAAUGUUGUGUCCAUUAACUUGUUUAGUUUUGUGUCAAAUGUAUGAGCCAUUGUCUCGCUCAGCCAAGGCCACCAUUUCUCUUUCUGAUGUCUAUAACCCCCAGACCCAGUUUGGGUUUUAACUUCCUAGUCUUCAGAUACGUAUCUUAAUAAGACAACAUUGAUGACUUUAGAGGUAGGUUUUUGGGGUUGAUAGAGGCUAUGCAUCAUGUUUAGCAGAUGGGGUUGAAAACUGGCCUUAAAAGUCUGUAAAAUACACGCCCAUUUAAAAAGGAUGUUCUCACUGCCAAGGUGUCAGUGGCGCGGUCUGUCGAACGUGAGGCCAGCACCCCCGACCAAGCCAUUUCCGUGAGCAAGGCUGUGCUGGUCCCACUGGGCACCAUGGUCUCGCCGCCAUUACUUGACCAUGAAAAUUUGGUUGUGGUUUUCAGAUAAUAGGGUGAUUUCCUCCUCAUUCAGUACAUAAAUGUUUUCCUGAUAUAAAGAGAAAUGGGAUCUGAAUGUUUUGAGUGCUUUGCUUUGUUUGGGAAAUGGGAUUAGAAGCAAACACUCAAAAACCUUUUUUUUUUUAAGGAAAAUUCUUUAGAAGAUGAUGCAAAACAUUUUAUCAAAUGAAAUGUUGCUCACAUCCAAAUACCUGCCCAUUGUCCCUUGAAAUCAUGCAGGGCGGCAGCUGCUGGCACUCUCUGCUCAGUCUGUCCAGGAGAAUAAUUGUGCUUUCGAGACAGAUGUGAAAAGAAAGUAAAUAUUUUGCACUUUUGAUACUCUUAGGAACAAAUAACUUAUUUGGCAAAUGGUGUCUUUUUUAUGUUGUCUUUGUUUUGUAUUGUGAACAGGUACUAAAGCUGAUGUUAUUUUUGUUUUAAGAAUAUUGCCGACUGGAAACAGAAAUAAACUAUUUUAACGUGUGAUGA